UGGUGAUGGUCUUUCAAGAUGGUCCUAUAAGAUGAAAACCAUGGAGUGGUGUGCAACUGCAAGAAGCAGAGAAAAAGGAAAAAGAAAAAAUGACAAGCAGGACGCUCUUAUCAGUUGGCAGCCUCAUAAAGCUUCUCCCAACAGGCACAUUCUUCGUCUUCCAAUUCCUCAACCCUGCUUUGACCAACAAUGGUAAAUGCAAUGGCAACAAGAAGUCCCUCUGCGCCAUUCUCCUUGGCCUCUGUGGCAUCAGCUGCUUCUUUUCUUCCUUCACAGACAGUUACACAGGCAAUGACGGGAAUAGGCACUAUGGCUUGGUAACCCCAUAUGGAAUCUUUCCUUCACCGGCUUCCGACAACAUUGACCUGUCAAGGUACAAACUCAAGUUCGGAGACAUGGUGCAUGCUUUCUUGUCGGUUAUAGUGUUCGCAGUGUUGGGGUUGUUGGACACCAAUACUGUGAAUUGCUUCUACCCUGGUUCAUCUCAUCGUUUUCUUCAACUGCUUCCCAUAGCUAUUGGGUUAGUGGCCGGUGAGUUGUUCAUGAUCUUUCCCAAUGAUCGCCAUGGAUAUGGAUACCCUUUGACCUCGGAUUCCAACGACAACGCUCCUCCCAAUAAUCCGGUGGCAAUGCCUAAUCCCUAAAACUUGUUGCUGUGAAAAUGUAUGCAAACUCUGCAUGUACUUGCAUGAAAUGUUCUUGCACUAUAUUUUGUGUGUAUCAAAUAAAAGAUUUGUGUGUCAAAUAUAAUUUACUUUUCUAUCUCCUGUGACUGUAAAGUGAAGACUUUAAUCUUUAAUGUAUUAUUGAAUUUUGUGUGUCAU